AUGACCCUCAAAGAGCCCUUCCUUGGUCGUAACUCAAUCCUCGUCAGACACUGUUAUGAGUGGUUUAGUGAUAUGGUCCAGGAUAUGAAAUCAAAUGGCUUACACGGUGUCAACAUCACAGGUGAUACUGGUAUUGGCAAAUCCAUGUGGGUGAUCUACUUUAUGUGGCAACAAUCCCGACUCGGCAACUCGAUUAUCUAUCACAGCAUUCACAUCAGUGGAAAGUCUGUUCUCUUUGACUUCGAAGCCAAAGACGGAAGCCCCCGGACAACAUUAGGCAAAAUUGACACACUUCUCUCAGCAACCAUACCAGAAACAACUUGGUACAUAGUUGAUGGCGUUGUUCCGAUUCUCGAAGCAAUGCAUUUCACAGUCCUGCUCUCCUCUCCAUCCAAUGAAGCCGUUCACAAGCAGUUCAGAAAGACAACCUUCAAGAAUGAUAUCAAAUAUAUGCCCGAUUGGACGUUGGAUGAGAUCAAUAGAGCUGCAUCCACUGUCACACCUCCGCCGGACCCAAACACAAUCAAACAUGCUUUCUAUAAAUGGGGUGGCAUCCCAAGAUACGUUCUACAGAUGCACGACCUCGAAUCACAACAACAACUGUCUGCACAACUCCUCAACAGAGCUCUGGCGGUCGAAUCAAUGGUGGCAGUUCUUCUAUCGUCGGUAUCUGACGACACAGAUGUCUCACAAAAGCUGGUUCACAAUAUAGUUGACGGUCAAGGACGGUUACUUGGCCUAAAGUGGGCCUCCAAAACUUCGCAGCGAUUGACAGCCUGUAUUCUCCCAACAACCUCUUCCAGAUUACAAUAUCAGAGAGCCAUAGUUCGUUGA